AUGGAGAAUGAACAUAAUCCGGUAUGCGUGUUACUUUUUAGCGGAAAACGAAAAUCUGGUAAAGAUUACGUUACAAAUAAAUUGCUUGAAAUUUGCGGGGAGGAAAAGGUAGUUAUAAUAAAAAUAUCAGCCCCUAUAAAGGAUUAUUUUGCAAAAAGUUCAAAUUUAAAUUUUGAUGAAUUAUUAGGGUCUGGGGAGUACAAAGAAAAAUAUCGUAAAGACAUGAUAAUUUGGAGUGAUAAAAUGAGAGAAAAAGAUGCUGGAGUUUUUUGUAAAUCUGCCAUUGAAAUGUUUAAUGCUUAUUCUAAACCCAUUUGGAUUAUUAGUGAUAUUAGGAGAAAAACUGAUAUCAGUUGGUUUAAAGAUAAUUUUAUGAAUGUUAAAACAAUAAGAAUCGAAGCUGAUGAACAAGUUCGUAAAUCAAGGGGGUGGGAUUUUACACCAGGUAUUGAUGAUGUUGCUUCUGAAUGUGAUUUGGAUGAUUAUCAGUUGUGGGAUUGGAAAUUAACUAAUAAUGGGCAAGACAAUGAUGAACUUGAUUCUGUUAAUGUCAUAUUUAAUUACAUAAAAAAUUUUCUAUAA